AUGUUGAGCUGGUGGUCGUCCUCGGCCAACUCUGCUCUGGACGAGCAAAUCGAAAAGGCCACGGGAAGCAGCUUGGAGGAUAUUGCUUUGAACCUCGAGAUCUCCGAUGUGAUCAGAUCCAAGACAGUCGCUCCUAAGGAGGCCAUGCGGUCGCUCAAGCGACGCAUAGGCAACAAGAAUCCAAACACGCAGCUGAGCGCUCUCAACCUCACCGACACGUGCGUCAAGAAUGGCGGCUCGCAUUUUCUGGCCGAAAUCGCCUCCCGAGAGUUCAUGGACAACCUUGUCUCCCUCCUGCAGGCUGUUGGUCCCGUUGCCGUCAAUGCAGAGGUCAAGUCGAAAAUGCUGGAGCUCAUACAAUCUUGGGCCGGCGCCACCGAGGGUCGACAUGACCUCUCCUACAUCGGAGAAGUGUAUCGAACGCUACAGCGGGAGGGCUACCAGUUCCCCCCUCGGGUGACGGUGGCAAGUAGUAUGAUUGAUAGCAGCGCGCCUCCCGAAUGGGCCGACUCUGACGUAUGCAUGCGAUGCCGGACACCGUUUACGUUUACGAAUCGGAAACACCACUGUCGAAACUGUGGCAACUGCUUCGACCAGCAGUGCUCGAGCAAGACGGUAGCUCUGCCGCACCUCGGCAUCCUUACCCCCGUCCGUGUGGAUGACGGAUGCUACGCAAAGCUCACAGGCAAGGGCUAUAAGGAGCUCGACCGAUCCCCUACAUACCCGCACAAGACUCGCAGCACGUCGGCCAUGCAGCCCCGGAACGCUCGUGUCGACGAUGGCUUUGAUGACGACUUGAAGAAGGCGCUAGCAAUGAGCCUGGAGGAGGUCAAAGGCGCCUCUCAUGGGUAUGCCGAGCCUUUGACAAAUAGAAACGAGCCAGCUGGCGGCUCGGUGGCAGCGAAGCAGGUCGAAGAGGAGGAUGCCGAUUUAAAGGCCGCCAUUGCCGCUUCUUUGGCGGAUAUGGAGGAGCAAAAGAAGCAACAUGCGGCGGCGCUGAAGCAGCAAACCUCGGACCCGACUAGUUCGAACUCGGCCAAAUUUGUCCUACCCAAGAACGAAUAUGAGUUGUCGCUUGUGGAGGCGGAAAAUAUCAACCUCUUCGCUACCCUUGUCGACCGUCUUCAGACGCAGCCACCGGGUACGAUCCUGCGAGAGCCUCAAAUCCAGGAGCUCUACGACAGCAUCGGAACGCUGCGUCCGAAGCUGGCAAGGACGUACGGCGAGACGAUGAGCAAACAUGAUACCUUGUUAGACCUUCACGCCAAACUGUCGACAGUCGUGCGAUACUACGACCGUAUGCUGGAGGACAGGCUAUCCAAGGCGUAUAGCCAACAGAGCCUCGGCGGCUACAACCUUCCGUCAUCACGCCAGCCACCGGGCCCAUACCCUUCGCUGUCCUCACCCGUGCCCGAGAAUGCCGCCGAAAACUUCUACACUGGUCGACAGCCUUCCCAGUACCACAUGCCUCCCGGCCAAGCUCCCUACCAGCAGCACCCACAACCAUCCCAGCAACCCCAGUUCCCGUACGUGCCUAGCGCCGGACCCCAGCCUGGUCAUGCGCCGCCGCCGCCGCAGCUUCUCCAGCGGAGAGAAAGCUGGCACAGCGGCGGACAACAGGUGCCUCAAGAGCCGUAUUCGCAGCAAUUGCCGCCAAUGGAUUCGGCGCAGAGAAUGCCACCCCCACAGCAGUCGAGCGCAUCACCUUCGGCGGAUCGUCGAGGAUCGUACUACUUCGGCCACAGACAUUCCGUGGCGUCGACCUCUGUACGUUCGGCAUCCGUGUCCGGUCCGGACGCCAACGCUUCGCCGUACCCCAACCUUCAACAGACGAUGCAGUACCAGUCGGCGCCACUGGCAACCCCUUCGCACCCGACGCCGGUGCAGGCUCAUGCUCAACCUGGGAUGCCCUCGCAGCCGCCGCAGCAGACGCCCCAGUUGCAGCAGACCCAACUUCCACAUAUCCAGCAGCAGCAGCAGCAGCAGCAGCAGCAGCAGCAGCCGCCUACUUCACAGCAGACAUACUGGCAACCACCGGCAUCGCAGCAGUCGACUCCACAGCAAGGACUGCAGCAAUCAUCACCGGCUCCUCAAUCGUGGGCAUACCCCGGUUAUACCCAGGAAUCUUUUCCGUCCGCUCCCCAGAAUGAGCCCAAAAAGAAACCCGUGGUUGAGGAGGCGCUUAUUGAGCUAUAA